CUUGGACAUAAACAAAAACAAAAGUUCUUUUUUCCUCCUUUGCAGAGUGGCAAUCACUUGUCUUUUCAUGGAAAAAUAAACAAGAAGUUUCUCUCAUUUCUUUGGGACCGCUGAGCGGAAAUAUGUUUUUUGUCACAAUCAUUCCAUACUUUUUUAUUCCGCCACAUUGUUGUCAGUUUGCAACUUUAAAAAGUUAUUAUAAAAACAAAGCCUUUUUCUUGUCCACUGGGCCUCCAUAACGCACUAUUUAAUUGUUAUUACCUUCCUUUUUUACAAAUUAACAAUACUCUUCAAAUUUUUCAUGCCCACCCUAUAAUACAAUAAUAAUAUCUAUAUAAUGUCACAUACUCAAAAAGCUGACAAGCGCGAGAUAAUCCUGCUCUGUGUCAACUCAUCCGUCAUGUUUAUUUCCUUUCUUGUACUUAUAUAUAUCAACUUUAACCGAGCGUACAUUCCUCUCAAGUGCAAAAAUAUCCGACUCAUCAAUGUCCUGUACGUGUCUAUUUUUUGCUGGUACGUCGGCGACAUCUACACAUAUCUGCCGACCCUGGUUCCUAUCUCACAGCCCAUUUGCCUAGCGACCUCGGCCUGGCUGCGCAUCAGUGUGGGUGCCUACACUUUAAUUGGCUGCCAUUUGUUCCGCAUCUACCAGUACCAUUCCAUAUUCCAAUGGCACCGGCGGGCCAAGGGCUGGUAUCUGUGGGUCCCAAUUGCUCUCUGCGCAUUUGCACCGAUAACGUAUGGGCUUUUGGCGUCGAUAUUGCCCGAGUCGCAAAGUAUAUCGUUUGAUCUGGACCCUGCCAUGUGCUCUGCCGCAAAGCCAAUUUAUUUUGCUGCAUUUGGAUUCCUCCUGACGCUGAUCCUUUGUUGGAUAUACGCCACGCUGCUCAUGAAGUAUGUAAACGUGUGCUUCAGCGAGUACCGCGAACUGCUGGUAGUCACUAUAUCGUGCAUUUUGGUUCUUAUUCUGCAAGUCGUUCUGCGGUGGGUUCCUGGGUUUGAUGGCACCGGGAUUGGCUACAGCAUAGUAACCAGUGUGACGGACCUGUUUAUUGGCCAGGUGAGCUUUUACUCUAUCAUUUGGCGGCCCACAUAUCAUUGUCUGGUUGACCGCGACGAAUAUUUGAUAUAUUUCCUAAGGACGUUGGAAAGGCAGAAUCGCAUGGCAGAGUAUGAGCUGGCAAAUGGUGCUGUGUUUAUGAGCAAUUACAAUGGCACUGUCGAUGUCGAUGUUGCGUACAGCAUUGCAGGCUCAACCAAAGACCUGGUCAAGAUGGUGAGACCUUCUGACAAGAACAGCAUAUACAAUGUGGAUGAUGGCUAUUACGAAGAUAUCGAGCAUGGCAUCCCACCCGGGCGCAAGCUUGUGUAGUAAUCAACACCAUAUGUUUCUUGUGUAUAAAUAAUAUAUCAAGCAGUUUUUUAUUAUGUAUAUUGAAAAUAGGUCCCAUUAAUAUAUUUAGUAAAUUAGUAUAUAUAUGUAAAUUAUUAUA